CAAAUCUUUAUUUUGGCGUUUAUACAAUUACUUGCAAGCUAUGUAACUUUUGUCUACUAAAUUAUUUGCAAUACAUAAAGAUGCUAUGGUAGAAAGUAAUUCUGAAAAAGUUGCUGAGUUUCUUAAAACUUUUUCUAGUACUGGUUCUUUUCUAAUGGGAUCUGUACCAAUCAUAGGUACGACGUUCACUGCUAUAAAUGCAGCAUUAGAUUAUAUGGUAGAAAAAUAAAAAGAAAAUAAAUUUUAAAAUAGAAUGCAAAUAUUUACUAAAAUAUAAUAAAAAUUUUUUGUUGGCCCAUCCGACUAAGAGAAGGAAAUACAAUUUGCGGCCAUCUUUUUGGCCAAAAAACAAAUAACAAACAAGGAAGUAUUUGAAUAAGGAGAAUUAAAUUCAUAUAUUAAUUAAUUAUCGAAACUAGAAAGUGAUUAUGAGAAAAAUUCAGAAUCUGUAUCCUGGAAACAAGGAAUAUAGGAUUCUUUGAGAAUCUUAAAAUAUUUAGAAUAUAAUAGUGAGGCAAUAUUAAGAUAUGAAGAUAACAAAAAAUUUAGAAUUGUAAUUCAGGAUGCAAUUCAACCCAAUAAAAAUGAAGUAACAGGAUAAAAAGACAAAAAUUAAACUGAUGCCCCCCGAGAUUCAAGUUGUUGCUAACUUAUUUGA